UAUCUUGAAAGUAAUAUAAACAUGGCUCUCUCUAUUCUAGCUAGUCUGUACUCCAAUUGGACCUAACGCAAAGCCAAUGUGUGUGUUUAUUGUGCAAUGAAUGUGUGUCAGUAGUUAAGGAACAUAAUGCGAUUAAGGUGGCUCAAGGAAAUAAGUUAUACUAUUAAUGUCAGACACAAGCAAGGGAGCUGUUUCUCAGUGGAUCUUGGUUCAAGUAACACAAAGAGACAGUCGCGACUCAACCGCUCAAACAAAGGCUUAGCGAUGGAAGAGCUGAAAACAACGUCAUUUAACAACACCGGUGGGAGCGGCAAAGACAACCCUGGAUUUAAGAAAGAGGAUGGAAUUGUGGACAAUGGGAUGAAUCAACCCCCUGCAAAUGCAAGCCCUUCACUUGUAAGAGCUAACAACGGCAGUGGGAGAGGCAUAGAGAACACUGGAUUUGAGAAAGAGGAUGAAUUUGUGGUCAAUGGGAUGAAUAAAAAUCGUGCACAUGGAAGGUCUUCAUUUGUAAGAAAGAUUGCACAACCCUUUACCAGAGCCAAGGGGUUUUGCCAAGCUCAUUCCCAAGUGAUUAAAACAAUUGGAGCUGUGGUGCUGCUUGCAGGCUACCUGAGUUUUUUUAUUGCUGCCUGCGUGCUGGAUUUUCAUCGUGCCCUCGCCCUUGUGGUUAUAACUGCUGUGGUUGCUGUUUUCACUGGCUAUGAGCUGGUGAAUAAGUUCCUAGGAGGCCGAAUAAUAGAGUGCUUUCGACCCAUAAGAAAAUGUUUCAAGGCAAACAUGAAAUGGAUGAAAUGGGUAUUCAUCUUGGUUAUUUUGGGUUUGUUGGUGACAUGGCUUGCCCUAGACACAUCGAAAAGGCCCGAACAGCUAACUUCCUUUGGUGGGGUCUGCAUGUUCAUAAUUAUUUUAUUCCUCUGCUCCACAAAACACUCAGCGGUGUCAUGGCGAGCAGUGUUUUGGGGCCUAGGCCUGCAGUUUGCACUUGGCCUGUUUAUCAUUAGGACAGACCCAGGAUUUGAGGCCUUCAACUGGCUUGGAAAACAAAUACAGAUAUUCCUCGAUUACACAAAAGCUGGAUCGGGAUUUGUUUUUGGAGAAACCCUUAUAACCCAGGCAUUUGCCUUUCAGGCUUUGCCCAUAGUGAUUUUCUUCAGCUGUGUCAUGUCUGUUCUGUAUUAUGUGGGAGUGAUGCAGUGGCUGAUUAUCAAGAUUGCGUGGCUGAUGCAGGUGUCUAUGGGAACCUCACCCACGGAGUCCCUCAGUGUUGCAGGAAACAUAUUUGUGGGACAGACUGAGGCACCACUGUUGAUACGGCCUUAUUUACCAGAAAUGACCAAAUCUGAGAUCCAUGCUGUGAUGACUGGAGGCUUUGCCACCAUAGCGGGCAGUGUACUUGGAGCAUACAUUUCAUUUGGGAUUGAUGCAUCGUCACUGAUAGCAGCAUCAGUGAUGGCUGCUCCUUGCGCUCUCGCGCUCUCUAAGCUGUCCUACCCCGAGACAGAGGAGACCAAGUUCAAGAACAAAGAUGAAAUCAAAAUAGACAGUGGAGAACAGCAGAACAUCCUGGAAGCUGCUAGCAACGGCGCUUCAGAUUCUAUCGGCCUGGUCGCAAAUAUUGCUGCCAACUUGAUUGCGUUUCUGGCAGUUCUGGAGUUUAUCAAUGCUGCCCUCGCGUGGCUUGGAGGAAUGGUUGAUUACCCUGAACUGUCAUUCCAGCUUAUUUGUUCGUAUAUCUUCAUGCCAGUGACAUAUAUGAUGGGUAUAUCCUGGGAAGACUCCUUUUUAGCAGCAGAAUUGAUAGGCACUAAACUUUUCCUGAAUGAGUUUGUAGCCUAUGAAAAACUCUCUGCUUUCAAGAGGAACAGGAUCAACGGCUUGGAGGAAUACAUUAAUGGGCAAAAGCAGUGGGUUUCUAUGAGAACAGAAACCAUUUGUACAUUCGCGCUGUGUGGAUUUGCUAACUUCAGUUCGGUCGGCAUCAUGCUUGGAGGAUUGUCCUCCAUAGCACCUUCUAGAAAGAGUGACAUUGCCAAUAUUGUCAUCAGAGCGCUCCUCACUGGGACCUGUGUAUCCUUGGUUAAUGCUAGUGUGGCAGGGAUCCUGUAUGUUCCUGACUGUGUAGGUUUCCUCGCAGGCAGCCACUUCAACAGCACCAGCCCAGACCUUCUUAUGUGCUGUAAAGAGCUCUUUGGAAGCACCGUCAUCCUUGGAAACGGAACAGCCAGUUUUGACGGAAUAUGGUCCGGAGCGGAUUCCAAGUACUUUAGUGGUUGCUGUGCUCUCUAUAAUAACACACUAUGUACGGGUCUAUAAGCAGUAAUAUGUAUAUGCUGCCAAUCUCACUUGACAAAAGAAUGUUUAAUAUUAAAGCUUAUUAGUGCAUUUGUGAGCAUUUUAAAUCAGUUUAAACUAACUACAGUAUUUUUAAAAGUAUAUGAAAGUAUUUUUAGUAUUAUGUUUACCUUAUAAUUUGAUUAAAAGUUCUUAUAUUUUUUUAUACACACAACCCUAAGCCUACUAAUGAUUAAAGUCGUUUUCCUGUCUAUGCUGAGAUUGAAAUAGUUUACUUGGGUUGAUAUUAUCUUUGUCGUUUAUAAUUUUUAACUUAAGGAGUAUUUUUUUAAUCUAGAUUUAUAACAAAGCUGCCAUAAAAAUGUGUAAUACUGUUCAACUUUGUUCUUUAUAAACAAACAUACUAAUACUGCUAACAUAAAUCUGGACUGUGGUUGUGUAAAAUAAUGGCAAAUAAUCAUACUUUAUUAUUAAACAGUAAAACAUAUGAGCUUUCAUUUUUUCACUAAGGACUGCCUGGUAAAGCUGAACUCUAUGUGUAACAGUAUUAAUUAUCAUGAAUGUAAGAAAUUGAACUCUUAAACAGUGGCUAAUAUUUAUUUAACCAAUCUAUAAUGUGUAGAUUAGUAUUAAUGCAACUAUUUUUCUGCACUAUUAAAAAUGAACGUCUUUCUCAUUUUGUUUCAAUAGCUUUGCUGCUGUUUUUCUAAUUGUACGCAAUAAAAUGAUUUGUACUCAAGUAAA